GUUCAGGACUUUGAGAGGAGGAGCGCGCACUUUUUCCUCAUUUCACUACUACUACGUUUACCCUGCAGUCACGUUCACGCUUGCAUCGCUUCAUCUCCACGUCUGCCUGCCCUCUCCAAACUAUACAAUAUUUGACCCUUUAGGCUUCUCUUCAGCGAUUCUCCUGCUUUUGAUUUUCUGCUCCACCAUCAGCCAUGUUGAUCAUUUUGGCCCUCAUCAUCCUCUUCCACAUCACCUCAGCAAUACUACUCUUCAUAGCAACCCUCAGAAAUGUAUGGUGGGUUUGGGAAGAUUACACCUUAGAUCUCUGGUAUCACUGCAACUCCACAGGCUGUUAUGAUAUACCGAACAGUGCAACCGUUGAUGCAGCCUAUCUUCAGACUGUCCAGGCCACCAUGAUACUGGCCACUAUCUUGUGCUGUGUGGGUUUCUUUGUCUUUAUCCUUCAGCUCUUCCGUCUGAAGCAGGGCGAGAGAUUUGUCUUCACGGCCAUCAUCCAGCUCUUGUCUGCUUUCUGUGUGAUGACCGGUGCAUCCAUCUACACAGCAGAGCACUUAAGCUUCAAAGAGAAACAUUUUGAGAAAGGAGACUACGGAUACUCCUUUGUCGUGGCCUGGGUCGCGUUCCCCAUGACGCUGCUGAGUGGCUUGAUGUAUCUAGUGCUAAGAAAACGCAAAUAAAGCACAACACACCACCUCACUAGCUGCCACCAGCUACAGCCUUAGCCAAGAGACUUUAUUUGUAAUGAUACUUGUUUUUAUAUGUAGAUUAAAUAUUUGCCAAAGUUAGAAUGAAGUAGAUGAUCUCAUAAUAUUAAUCACUGAAUACUGGAAACUUAAUUCGAUUUUAUUCAUAGUAUGUCACAUUUUUUAACCUUGUUGUGUAUAAUUUAGCUUUACCUGCCCAGUAAAAGAAGUGCUGUGAUUUAGAGAGGUAAAAUAGGCCGUGGAAAAAGACAUGAGUGGGAGAUAUAAUAGGACAUACAUUUAUAAAAUUAUAACGUGGAACCACUAUGGGCUCAACAUGUAUUCAUACACAAUGCAUGAUGUGAAAUUGGCCUUAUAUGUAACAUGCUAGUGUGAUGUUUCCUGGUCAUUAUAUGUGCCCACUCUCAGAAAAAAGGUACAAAAGUUGUCACUGGGGCAGUACCUUUUCAAAAAGGCACACCUUUGUACCCAAAGACUCCAUAUUGGUACCUUAAAGGUAUAUAUUAGUACCUAAAGUGAAUAUAUUAGUACCUAAGAGGUACAAAAGUGUACCUUUUGAAAAGGUACCGCCCCAGUGACAGCUUUUGUACCUUUCUUCUGAGAAUGUGGGGAAAAAGUCAUUCAAAACUAAAUCUGAAUGAAAUAUUGUGCUGCCAGUUUGCUGAGCACUGUAUCAUACUUGAAGUUGAACAAAUUAUCAAUAUUGGUGGCACGAUGUGUUCUCGUGUAUAGAUUUUUUUUUUUUUUGUAAAAUAGUCUUUUAGUGUUGACUAAUUAUAUUGCAUGUUUUUGUAUUUGUUUGCAGCAUUUAAUUUGAAAUCACUAUUAACAAAAGUACAGAUUUGUAGUUCUUUUAGGCAUUCUGUUUGAUUAGGGCACUUGGGAUUUAUGACAUAUUCAUGCAAAUAACCUUAAGAUGAUGGUGUUGCUGAAGCACACCAAUGGUUUGAGUUUUUCUUUUCCUUGUGUAAUCAUUUCAUCCUCAAAUCUGCUAUGGAAUAAGAAGUAAUUAGCUAUUAUUAUUUAGGCGAAAGUGAAGUUAAGCUGUAUUUAUUAAGACUAACUGCAUUGUUUCUGUUAAUAUAUUUUGUAAUGAAGUAUUAUAUCAACAGGCCUGAACAUGUUUGUAUAAUGCUUAAUUUUCAGAAGAUUUUAAUGAAUAUUAGUGAAGGCUUUUGUAAUUGGAAUGAAAACACAAUGGCAGCUUUGUUUUUAAAUGUCUGCUGAGUUGUUCAGGUCAGGUCUGUUUCUGGAGACUGAUCCCCACCAAGGGCUUAAUAUUGUUCUUUUUUAAUCAAAUAAAUGUAUUUUACAUUAA